UGUUCUGCUCUCCCUACAUGCUCUCCUCCCUGUGCUUCUGCUUUUCGCAGGCUUCUUUUGGCAACUACCACAUGAUUGUGUCUACCCCAAAUGAUAAAAGCGUUGCCCUCAUCAGCCUUCUCUUCUCAAAACGUCUUCUUCCUUAUUUUAGUCUCUCCCUUUCAAAGCUCAACGGUGGUAAAAAGGAGUAGUACACGAUUUUGGAGAGGGAAAUAAAAAAAAAGGAAGAGACAGAGAGUCUGAACAGUCUGCAUCAAGCCAUUUUUCUCCUUUGCAUCUCUCUCUGCCACCUAGUUCCCAGAGUCUGUCUAGAUUGAUUCAAUCUUUACUCCAUGUUUUCGCUAAAGUGAAUCUUAUUGUCUUUCCCUCCGAAGAAAAUGAGGGGUCCCUUCUGCCUCUGGUUCUUCGUCCUCUCCCUCCCUCUUUCGCUCAGCCAUGCUAGACUUUCACCUCUUUCAUCACCCAUUUCGUCUCCCUCUCUUUCCACCCAGAAUCCUCCGGAUCCUGUUAUUAUCCAGCCAGAACUGCCAACUGUUCUGUCACCCUCAACAAUGGCGGCUGUCUCUCCACCAGGCUUCCAGAAUGAAGAUGGGAGCGGAGAGAAGCACAGAUUCAGCAAAGAAUUGGUGGUGGUCAUUAUAGUCGUUCCUUCUGUCCUUGGUCUUGUUAUAAUUUUCUCACUCUGUAUUUGGAUCAGUCGUCAUUGUGCCACUCGUAGAUCGGGCUCAAAAAAUGAUAAAAAUUCUGAUAUCUCCAAAGGAGGAACUAGCUUGGUUCCUAUGCUGAGCAAGUUCAACUCCUUGAUGAUGAACGGCAAGAAAGGAUCUGUUUCUGUUAUGGAGUAUGCUGUCCUCGAAUCGGCAACAAACAAUUUCAAUAGCAGUAACAUACUUGGGCAAGGAGGAUCUGGGUGUGUCUAUAAAGCCCGUUUCGAUAAUAAUUUCCUCGCUGCAGUGAAAAGAUUAGAUAAUGCAGGCCCUGAUUGUCAACGCGAAUUCGAGAACGAGAUUGAUUUGAUGAGCAGAAUUAGGCAUCCAAAUCUUGUUUCUUUAUUGGGAUAUUGCGUUCAUGGAGAAACCAACCUUCUUGUCUACGAAUUGAUGCAGAAUGGGACGUUGGAAUCACAAUUACAUGGUCCAUCACACGGAUCAUUACUAACUUGGUACAUCCGUAUGAAGAUUGCCCUCGACGCAGCGAGAGGCCUCGAGUACCUUCAUGAACACUGCAAUCCUCCUGUAAUCCACCGUGAUCUGAAGUCUUCUAACAUUCUUCUGGAUUCCAACUUCAACGCCAAGCUUUCGGACUUUGGUCUUGCAGUUACCGUUGGAAGCCAUAAUAAGGCCAAUAUCAAGCUUUUGGGAACACUGGGGUACCUCGCUCCGGAGUAUGUUUUGGAUGGCAAAUUGACGGAGAAGAGUGACGUCUAUGCUUUUGGAGUCGUCUUGUUAGAGCUUCUUCUUGGUAGGAGACCGGUGGAGAAAAUGGCACCCUCCCAGUGCCAAUCGAUUGUCACAUGGGCCAUGCCUCAGCUCACUGACAGAACGAAGCUUCCUAAUAUUAUUGAUCCCGUCAUCAGGAACGCUAUGGAUCUGAAACACUUGUACCAGGUCGCUGCCGUGGCUGUCCUCUGCGUGCAACCCGAGCCCAGUUAUCGCCCCCUGAUUACCGAUGUCUUGCACUCCUUGAUUCCCCUUGUUCCAGUUGAGCUAGGAGGAACACUCAGAGUUUCAGAGCCGGCAAUUCGCAAUUUAAAUGCAAAGCCUUGAGCCUUCUUUCAAUCGCUAACAAUAUACAUGGAAGAUGAUCAAAGUUCCAUACACUUUAUUGCAUGCCAGCACAGUUGAUCUCAGAGUUUUCAAUUGUAAGGAGGAGGUUUGCAGUUCAUCUCAUUGUCAAGAGUUUCCACCUCAACUGCUCCUGGUCAUGGCAUUUAUUUCCUAAGAUGGGGAGGUGGUAGUGUGAUGAAAGAUUGGCAAUGAAGGUUUUAUCCGUUCACAUGAAACGCUGCUUCUCGUGUCACAGCUGUAUAUUGAACCAAUUUGUUGUUGUUUUUUUUUUUUCCUUCGCCUCCUCUUCUUGUUGCGCUUCCUAACAUAUGAAAAUGUCCAAGGAUUUCUGGGAGCUUCGUCAUCUUCUUUCGGUGCAAUUUCCCGAACUGCAUUCUGUCAGGAUGGAAACGAAUUUUACUUCUUUAUGAUUAUUGUUGUAAAUUUUUUGUGCCUUA